CAAUCUGUGAUCUGUCAGUGUCUGAAUGACAAGUGUCACACGUGUUUUAUUUAAUUUUGUGUUGUGUAUUUUUUAUCAAAAACACAAGAAUAAUGCUGGAAAGCGCCUUAGAACAGUUUAUUGAAAGCAUAUUUUUCUUUCUAACUGCAGAAAGACAAGACACAAGAAAUCUUUUAGUUAAGAAACACAAUGAAAACCUGGAAACGCACGGCGAUUUCAGUUUUCCUAGUUCGGUGAAAUCUUGGCACAAAUAUGCCAUUUGUGAUCAAGUAAAAAACAAAAAUGACGCUUUAUUAUUGGAAGUUAUAAGUAAAAGUCUAACAGACCUAAUAGAAGAUUCAAAAACAUGGAAUUUGCGAAUUAUAAAAGCAAAUGAAGAGAAUGGCCGAGUUUAUUUGUUUCUGGAAAGGCCUUUAGCGAUUCGUGUCGGCUUGUUGGAGUCUCUUCGUAAUAAUGAGAUUAUAUUAGAAAUACUCAGAGAGUGGUCACUAACAGUCGAAGUUAGUUGUGCGGAAGACAGUAAUGACUUAACCACACUUCGUGCGAAGUAUCUUUGUAAUGUGAUAAGAAAUCUAUGUGCAAUAAAUAAUGUUAAACAUCGUAUACUAGUCACAACGAAAUCUACUCGUAAGCAAGAUGGAUGUCACACAGUAUUAUGUGGGACAGUGUUAAAUUCCAAGUCUGGAGUUAAAGAAACCAACUUAACUGCAGAUGAUUAUAUUAGAUUAAGACAAGAUGAGAUGACUUUAAUAGCUCAACACAAGUACGGCGUCAGAGUAUCCACAGAUACUAAAUGGCGGGAAUUCGUGGCGCAUCUAGGAGAAUCUGCAGCAGCCUUUGAGUUGUUACAAUCAAAACCAAGUGGUGCUGUCAAAAUCAACUUUGAUUGUGCCUCUGUUGGAUCUAGUAAAGGUGCAUCAUUCAUAUUGUACAAUUGUGCCCGUCUGGAGACUAUAAUAAAGACAUACAAUGACAGAGUCAGCGAGGGAACAUAUCCGCCAUUGCCUGAUAUUGAUGUUGUGGAUUUAUCAUUGUUGACGCAAGAGGAUGAAUGGUAUUUAAUAUUCAACUACAUAUUGGGCCUGCCAUCACUUUUAAACAGCUGUGUGGAGGAGAGCACCAAAGGGAUUGAGUUCCGACCUCAUUUCAUUUGCAACUACCUCUGUUCCAUGGUCCGAGUGAUUAGCCAAUAUUAUAGGAGAGUUAGGAUAUUGGUGGAGCCCAGAAAACAUCUGCUUCCAGUAAUAUUUGCUAGAAUCCAUAUGCUGAAAAUAUUAAAUGAAACUCUCAAGACAUGUUUACAUAUUUUAAAUAUUAAAAGUGUUUCCCAAAUGUGAUUCAUAAAUCUUUUAUUACUGGAUAAUCUAAAACACAAAUUAACGUAGUAGAAAACAUUCAUUUAUGGAAAUCUAUGCUAAAUUGA